GAGUAACGGCAGCACAAUCCGAACUGUAUCAUCGAUUGAAAAUAUAUGCCCGGCCCUCUUCUCCUUCAAUCUUGUAUAGCCAAGGCUCGCACAGCCAAGAAUACAGCCCAAUGGCCACCGAGAACGACAAAGGCAUCACCCACAAGCUUCUAGAGAGUUUGUCCACGACAAGAUUUGCCUGCUCGUCUUUAGAACGCCUGGGCAGCUAUCUUGGAUUCGUGUACCGUGGCCAUCUCCGUCGUGCGCUGAACACCGGAGCCGUGACCGUGAUCAUCAAGCAUAAUGCCGGCCAUGCCGCAAGGAUGGAAGAAUUCCAGCUUCCAGAGAAUCGAGGCUCCCGAGAAAGCGAAAUCCUGCUUGCCUUUGCACAAACGCCCAAUCCCGUUCCACCCUUCACAUUCCAAAACACCACCGUGCGAACCGCAGCGAUACACGAGUUCAGAGCACGGGAGAACACUCUGUUGAUUGAGGACAUCCCCGGCUCCAUCACCUUCUUUCAGCUGUUCACCACCUUCUCAUUGCGAUCUUACUUCCUGGGCCCGUCCCGGUCGUCCCUCGGGUUGAGCCUCGGCGCCUGGCUCGGCACAUUUCAUUCCAGCACCCUGGAUCGAACCGAUCUGCCGAGAAUCGUGGCCUCGAAUGAAACCGUUCGCCGUUUGAUAUGGGAGUAUAACGAGAGGAAUCUACGCCAGAACAUCGAGGCCUAUCCGGAUGUUUUGAAAACGGACGAGCCGAGGGUGCGGGCAGCCGUCGAGGCGGAGCUCAAAAGGACCGACGGAGGGGAUACUGGAAUCACGCACGGUGACUUCCAUGUUAUGAAUGUCCUCCUCUCAUCCGGCCUGUUUUCAUCCACAAUCGUCCCCGUCGACUGGGAAUCCUGUCAUUUCGGCUGCCAGACGCUGGAUGUGGCUCAGAUGAUCAGCAACCUCUACGUCGUCGAUCGCCUGGGCGGCAUCAAUGGGCCCAGAAACGUCAUGCACGGGUUUAUUGAUGGAUAUCACGAGACCCGGCGUCUGGACAAAGACCUAGUAUGGCAUACGGUCGUCUGCGUGGGGGUGCUGAUCCUUUGCACCCCGUACACGAUGGUUCUGCCAGGCAGAGAUGUGCGGGAGAUCUUGCAAGCCGGGGAGGACUUCCUCAUGAGAGGAUUGGCCAAGGAUCGGGGGUGGCUGGAAACUAGCGCGUUGGGUAUUUUGUUGGACAAAAUCUGA